AUGGCCUUGAGCCACCUGGGCUCGGGCCUGGCGAGGCCCUUCACCAGCUUCCGCAUCUUCGCCAGUAGGACCCCCUCAUGUACGACAUCUCCCUCCCCUCCGCCCUCGUCGGAGAGAUCUGGAAGUCGCAGAGGCCUCGCCGCCGCCGCCAGUGCAGAGUGGAAUGGUUGGGAAGACUCACUGCAGAGUGGGGGAAGGGAGGAGGAGAAGGACCUCGCGUGCGCGCGGUGUUUACGGGCUUUUAGUUGGGCCCUCGACCCAUCCGCACGGCCUGCUAGACACAGUCGCCGUUGGAUCGUACAGCUCGUAGCGGACGACGCAGAUUGCGCCACUGUAGAGAGGCGACGUCGGCCUGAGCCUGAGCCUGAGCGACGUGAAGCCAAGCAAGCAAGUGGCGGCGUCGAGCUCCGGUUCCAGGAGAAGCUGGUGGGUGGCUCGGCGCUGGACGCCACCGGCGUGCCGCUCACCGACGAGACGCUCGACGAGGCCAAGGGUUCCGACGCCGUCCUCCUUGGCGCAAUUGGAGGCUAUAAGUGGGAUAACAAUGAGAAGCACCUCAAGCCUGAGACCGGGCUGCUGCAACUCCGGGCCGGACUCGCGGUUUUUGCCAAUCUGCGACCAGCUGUAGUGUUGCCACAGAUUGAUCGUAUCGCACGUGUUGCAUUUGAAGCUGCUCGCAAGAGAGGAGGGAAACUAUGCUCGGUUGACAAAGCAAAUGUGCUGGAGGCUUCCAUGCUUUGGAGGAAAAGGGUGACUGCACUAGCUUCUGAAUUCCCUGACAUUGAGCUCUCGCACAUGUAUGUUGAUAAUGCUGCUAUGCAGCUUGUUAGGAAUCCUAAGCAGUUUGACACAAUUCUCACAGACAAUAUAUUUGGUGACAUAUUAUCUGAUGAAGCAUCAAUGAUUACGGGAAGCAUUGGAAUGCUUCCAUCUGCCAGUGUUGGUGAAUCGGGACCUGGUCUUUUUGAACCUAUUCAUGGCUCUGCCCCUGAUAUUGCUGGACAGGUUGAGAUGACUUCUAUUUUGAAAAAUUAUCUGACACUAGAUGGGACAAGGCCAGCUACACUUCUUAGUGCAGCGAUGCUAUUGCGAUAUGGCCUAGGAGAAGAAAAUGCUGCGAAGAGAAUUGAAGCUGCAGUUACAGAAACACUGAACCAUGGGUUCCGAACUGGGGACAUCUAUUCUCCUGGAACAGAUGAGAUGGUUGAAGGAAUUUACAUUAAAUUAGAAGUUGAGCCUGGUGGAAGGGAGCAUUGCGUCUGGUUUAUUGUUACUGUUGAAUUGAAACUUUAG